GCUGCCGCGGCGCCUACCUGCUGGUGUUCGACGCCGCCCAGCCGCUGGACGGGCCGGCCGUCACCACCCGCUGGCAGAGGGGCGAGGCUCGGGACGUGUCGGUGGAAGGUCGCACCCGCCUGGACCAGCUGGUGGACUGGGUACAGCUGAUCCACGCCGCGGCCACUGCCGGUGCCACGACGGCGCUCGGCGAUGGCUGGCCAGGAGACGGUGGCGCCACCUGUGCUGCUCGUCGGCGUCUGGAGCGAGGGCGAGGACCAGGCGACUCCGACCGAGAUCGAGCUGCAGCAAAUGCGGCAGCGACUGCAGCACGUCUUCCAGGGGCAGCUGUGCGGCCGGCACGUGCACGGCGAAGUGUUCACGCUGCCGCUGUCCCGGGCGGCUAGUCAACUGGCGGCGCUGCGGGCCUGCGCCGCCCGGCUCAUGCUGGCCCAGGCUCACAUGGGCGAGAGGGUUCCCGUCCGCUGGCUCAGUCUGGAGGAGGAGGUGGCCCGCCGCGUCCGCGCCGGUCUCGUGGUCGCCACCCUGGACGAGGUGGAAACGAUGGCGGCCGAACAUGAGGUGGCGGGCGAGGAGCUGACCACCUUCCUGCAGUUCCACCAUGACCAGGGCAGUCUGCUGUACCACGGCGAUGCCGAGCACCGGCUCGUGCUGCUCUCGCCGCAGUGGCUCGUUCAGCUGAUCGCUGACGUCAUCAGAGCAAAACGGAAAUACUAUCAAUCGGCACCGAGCGGCUGGCGCCGUCUGGAGACGGAGGGCGUGGUGGAGGCGGGCCUGCUGACGCGCCAGUGGGACGACCUGACCAGCGACGCCGUCUCGCUGGGCGUGCUGCAGCGGCUGGGGCUGCUCUGUCAGCUGGCGCCGCCGCCCGGCCUCUACGACCUGGCCGACAGCGUAGCUCUGCCGAAGAUGCUGCUGAUGCCCUGUCUCAUCACGAGUCGGGCAGACUCGACGGAGCCAACACGCGACUCGGCCGACGCCUUCACGUUCUAUAUAGACUUUUGCGGCUUCCUGCCCGCCAGCGUGGUCAGCCAGCUGGUGGUGCGGCUGGCGGUCUGGACGCAGGAGAGCUCCCACCGGCCGCCUGCCGUCUCCCUGGACCGGGCCCAGUUCUUCGUGGACGCCUCCCACGAGCUAGCACUCCACGUGGCCGCCCUCCACCUGGCCAGGGUGCAGGUGACGGUGGCGAGGCUGUGUGGCGCGCUUGAGGACGGCCUCGACUCGUACCCCGCCCUGCCCGAGGGCUCCGGCGCGCCCAGCGCCGACGUCUGCCUGCAGGUCCACCGGCGCCUGGACGCCACGCUAGCGGACGUGCGGGUGCGGCUCUGCCGCCGGCUGCAGUGGCGCUUCACCCCCGGCUGCCUGCACACGCUGCCGCUGAACCAGUGCCUGUCGGGCGACACCGUCUACUGCGACUUCAGGAGGGUGUCCGUCGACCACCUGCGGCGGUUCUUCGAGCGCCGGGACCCGGACAGGCCGGCAGAGCUGAACCUGGCGCCGGUGCUGCCGGCCCGCUACUCGGUACGACACGAACCCAUGAGCUCCGAAAUGGCGCCCCCUUGGCUGAAACAGGCGGCCAAGCUGCUCAACGCCGGCGGUUCCGGCUCCGACUGGCAGGCCGUCGCCAAGAAGAUAGGGUACCGGGACCACAAGCUGACCGAGUUCGACGACUGCCUGGACCCGGGCCUGGCGCUCAUCACCGACUGGCUGCAGAUCUCGGGCAACAACGGCUUCAGCCUGGACAUGCUGUGCGCCGUGCUGGACGGGCUGGCGCGGGAGGACGUCUGCAGCGUGCUGCGCGCCGUUAACAAGCCCACCAGUCCGGCGCCAGUGUUCGUCAGCUAUCAGUGGGACCACCAGGAGGAGGCGGCGCGGCUGCGCGGCCGCCUCGAGCGCAGCGGCCUCCGCUGCUGGAUGGACGUCGGGCAGAUGGGCGGCGGCGACCUCCUGUACGAGAAAAUCUACCAAGGCAUCAGCAGCGCCAAGAUAUUCGUGGCGUGCCUGAGUCAGCAGUACCUGAAGUCCCAGCUGUGCCUGCGUGAGGCGCAUCUGGCUGACCUGCUGCAGCUGCGGAUAGUCCCCGUGCUGCUGGAGCGCAUAGCCUGGCCGCCGGCCGGCUCGCUGGCGCUCGUGUUCUCCCAGCUCGUCUACGUCGACUUCGCUGGUGUCGGGUGCCACGGCGGCCGGGGCAAGAGCGUGGACUGGACGCGACGCGCCGACGAACUGGUGCGCCAGGUCAGCCACCUGCUGCCGCCCGAGGACCGGCCCUCGACGGUCCUCAUCGAGGAGAAGAUGCAGCUCGAGCAGGUGCCUGACACGGGGACGGGCGCCUCGCCGCACGUGUCGCCGCCCGAGUCGCCGUCGCCGCCGUCACCGCCAGUCACCCUGAGCCAGCGCAUCAGGCAGGCGGCCAUGCGCUGCCUCGCCUGCCGGCUGUAG